AUGGAAGAUACUCAGAUAGUUGAAGCAAUUGAUUCAAGGAAUUAUCAAUUUGCCCAAUCCUUGAUAUCUUUGAAAACCUCCAAAUACCCCCAGUCAUCAUACUAUCAAGCCUUACAAGUCUAUUUAUAUCAUCAUCAACAUAAUCCUACAACUAAUGACAAAGCCAUAAAAUUGUUAAAUCAAUACCCUACAGAUUUAAGAACAACCAGCUUACUUUCGAAGAUUUUCCUUGAAAGAGGCUUGAAUAAAGAAGCUGAUGCAGUUUAUGAAAAUUUAGUGAAGAAGUUUCCCAAUAAUUGUCAACCUAACUUAUUGCAGUGGUUUGAAAACAGUUUGCAAAUUAACAAUAUAAGAUCAUUACAGAAAUCUACAUUCCAUUUAUCAAAAAAUGGUGAUAACAAAUACAAAUUCUGGGCUGGUUUAGGUUAUCAUUUACUUUGUCAAACCAUCGAAGACGAAAAGCAAAUCAAAUUAUUCACAACUUUAGGUUCAAAGAUCUUACCUAAACCUGAAACUACUCAUGAACUAUAUGUAUCAUCACUUUUGAAUGACAAUGAUACCACCAUUGAGUUGAUUGAAGAGUUUAUGACCACAAAACCUUUGGAUUUAGAUAUCAAAUUGGUUUACCUUGAUCUUAUAUCUGGAGAAAAAUUAUUUUCUUAUACUGAAAAGUUAUUAUUCGAUGAAAAUUUCAAUGAUUUCAAUACCUGGAAAAAGUAUAUUUCAUCAAGUUUGGAAAUAGGUAAAAAGAGAACUGAAAUAGAGGAAAAAAUUCUUGAUUAUCAAAGUACCAGAAAAAAUGCUAAGAGAAAUACCUCUUUGGCAUUAGUUGAAUUAUAUUCAUCUGGUGAUGAAGGUGAUUUCACCAAAUACUGUCGGAUUUAUUAUGAAAAAUUCAAUAAGAAAUUAUGUUGCUAUGAUGAUUUGAAACCUUACAAUGUCAAAUUAACCCUUUCUUCUGUGGGGGAUGAAAUAUCAGUGGAAAAUCUUAAUCAUUCGAUCAAUAAUUAUAAAUUCGGUGAAGGUGAUGCUUGGAUGAUUUAUGAAAAAUAUUUGUCAUUAACAAAGGACAAGGUUAAAACCGAUUUCUACCCUGCAAAUGAGUUGGUUAUUGCUGAUAUCAUGUCACAUAUUGAAACACCCAAGGAAAUUCUUGAAGGAAUCAUCAAACUUCGUCGAAUUACUAUUCAUGAUCCUUUGGAUUUCAGAGUACAGCUCAAUCUUAUUAAAUUGUAUUCUUAUUUCAACAUGCAGGAUUUGAUGUAUUCAAGUUAUGAAACAAUUAAAGUUAGAAUGUUACAAAUUGAUUCCCUUGGUCAUUUCUACAGUGAUAAUUUAAGUUACUUGAACCCAUCAAAAGCUUCAUUGAACCAUUUAGUGGCCAAUUUCCGUUUCUACUUAACAUGUGAACAAGAUAUUCUGGACAAUUUGGUUAAAGCUUUCGAAAAGGGAAUUUAUAAUAAGAUUCCAAAUUUCAUCAAAUUUAAUAAUAGAGUGAUCAAAUCUUUUGAAUAUUACAAUACUGUGAUACAAAUAUGGCAAAUCAUUAGAUUCUGUAAUGACAAAUCUUUCAUAGGAUACUUCCAAUCGACGAUCAAAUCUAUUAAAAUUGAUGAAAUCAUCGAUAAUAGAGAUAGUUCCAUGAGUGAAAUCAAACCUUCACAAACCAUUGAAAAGUUGAAAAUUGAAUAUGCAAAAGAACAUUUCUUAUUGCAACCUAAUGAACACAACUUCAAGAAGUUCAACAAAUUAUUAGAAGGGUCCAAGUUAUCUACUUUCGAUACUUGGUUAUUCAAAUUAUAUUUGAACUUAUUUAGAAUGAAAACCAAACCUCAAGAUACUUCAUCAAAGAAUUAUUUGAUUAAAAAUUUGAAAAUAGCCAAGAUUCAAUGGUCAGAUCCUUUAACCAAAGAUUUCAUGUAUCAAUGGACAUCUAUGAUUUAUUUCUGUAAAACAGCAGAAUCAUUUGAUGAAGAAAUCUCAAAAAUUUCGAAGAGAUUAAAGACGGAAUUAUACUCAUCUGAAUGGAAAGACCAACAGAAAAUACUGUUCAAUGAGUUGAAGAAAGAAAUCAAACAAGUCAUGGAUACUGACUUUGUCAAAGACACUUUGGACAUUUUGAGUGAUUCUUUAAAUAAAGCUUCCUAUAUGAAUAAGAAGUAA